GAUUUUUGACAUGAUCAAAACAUGUGGGCAAAAACAAAACUGUGGAUUGUUGUUAUAAUGGUCACGGUGAAUCCGAAUCGCGGGGAAUACCAAGAGAUCUGGUUUCUUCCAGCUUCAAUGGCUCUUAACUGUAUGGCAUCAAUAGAGUGUGCACCUUCUUCACAAGGUACAACAUGCCAUGAACUGAAAGAAUAUAUGGUGAAAUACCCGGAUGGCACGACUAACUGUGUUCCUUGUACGAAAUGCCCCGGGGGACAGUGUGUUGCCGCACAUUGCUUUGAAUAUACAAACACUGUAUGUAGAUCGCCUCGUUCAAAUGAAUACAUUGCGACGCAUGUCUGCACAGUUUGCAGCAAUUGUGGUGAUACAAGGACAGUGAAGCGCAACUGUACAAAACAUUCUGAUACGGUUUGUGGAGACUGCAAAACUGAUUACAUAUGGAACUCAAUGAUCGAGGACUGUGUGCCCUCCAAGAAUAAAGGCAUGUCAGAUACGUCCACAAGUACAGCCCCAACGAAAGUAACCAACCCAACUAAUGCAAUCGAGCAGCUGACAACAUUGAUGUCUGUAUCAAAUGCUACUGCUCUCGCUGAUGUUGCUGGAAUAUCAGCUGGCGUUUCUGUCGGCGUUGCGGUGUUGGUUAUUUUAUUUGCUGCCAUGGCAUACCUACAGAUUCAGAAAAGGAAAAUACAAACUCAAACUGAGAGCAACACUCCGUUUCUCCCGAAAUGGACAACAUCAGAGCAGGAUACAAGGACAUCAGACUCAAUGGAUGCCCUGGUGUCGAGCGUGAACACAUAA